UUCUUUCUUUGAUUGUUUCUUUCUCUCUGGCUGCCACCGUGCCACCUCCUCGUAUCCUCUCCUCCCCUUCCGCUCCCCGUCUGUGUGUCUCCUGUCUGUGUGCCAGAUUGACUGCCAGACUCCCAGUAUAAGCAAGGGUGAGUCUGCCUGCGUGCCUGCGUGCCUGUGUGUCUGUGUGUCUGCGGGACGGCGACUUGUCUUCCAGAAGCGCACGCACAUGCAAGAAAUGCAGCAACACACGGGUUCGACGGGCUGGCCCAAGAGUCAGCGUCGCAACACAUGAGGAAAUAAAAGAUAGAAACAGAUCCAGCCUCCACCCUUGUAGAAACGAGGCCAUGGCAUUGAGCGGUUUGAUGUUCGUUGGACCUGCUCGAGUCGUUUGCGGUUGUUUUGAGUUCUUGUGCAGUUUCGGGGCUGGGAGGAGAGUGAGUGAGGCAGCAGAGGCCACCUACCCCAUCGGGCAAGCCCCCGAGCCCAUGAGUUCCCAGGCUAACACUCUUGGGGCGACAGGGGGCGUCCCCCAUCCCUCCGCCGCUACCCGGCCACACAACCUGGCCCCACGGCGAGGCGGCGGGCAGGCGGGCGGGCGGGCAGGCGGGCAGCUUCCUUGAGCGCCUCGCCUGGCCGUGCUGGCCCAUGCUGGGCUGUCCCCUGUCAUAGUCUGUGGGUGCCACUGGGGUGGAUGACGGAGUGGCAGAAGUGGGCGGGCAGGUGGGCUGCAGUCAUCAGCGGCAACACUGACAGGCCCUGCCCGGCCUGCAGGGCCCCAAUGCCCAAGUCCCAAGUCCCAAGUCCCAGCUGGCUUACAAGUUAACAUACGGUGCGGUGCGUUGGCUGCCGUGCAGCCGGGCCCAGCGUUGGUACGGGGCACGGAAUAGGUACCUCGGUGGCGGCGCGGAAUUGUCAGUCUGGACAAGGUACCGGGCCCUUCCCUCCUGUCUCUUCUGCUCCUCCUGUGGCCGCCUCCUCUGCCAAUCCACUCUUGCUCUUGCUGUCUUGUCUGUCUCUCUCUGAUCCUGAUCACAUCCCGGCCCCCCCACCCCCCCAAUCAGCAGCCACCAGCAGUGCGUGCGAGCAGCAGAGUGCCCAAUGCGACAGCCAGACUGGGCCGGUCCUGUUCGUCACUUUCCAACCUCGUCCGCCCGUCUCCCUGACCUUGGAACCUUGGACAGCACCUCCCUCACCCUUGUUGGCCUGGUUUGUCCUGCUUGUAUGAUUUUAUCCGACCUCGUCUGAUUUGGCUUUGCCAUUCGAGCCCCAUUGGGAUCAUGCCGCUCUGGGCAGAGUCACUCUUCCUCGGGUCUCACUCUGCCUUGGCCGUGCUUGCCAGUUCUUUUGCGUCUGCAUCCGCACCUGCACCCGCGCACCCUGCUGCACCUUAACUGCACCUUAACAUUAGCUGCACCUGCACCUUCCAGCUCUUAACAGAUUGAGUUGCGUCUCUCGUAUCCAUAUUGUUAGACUAUAGCGGCCCCCUCCCAAAUCUGCCACCAGAUCCACGUCCUCUCCUUCCAGCACGAGGCAGCCCCGAAAAAGCUCUUUCUCCGGCUUCCAGCAGCAGUCGACCACAUUCCUGACUGUCCCACUGACUGGGCCCCAACCCAAAGUCGAACCCGUCUCCCCCAAAGCACUCCGGCCCACGAGCGGCCUCGACGUUCUGGCCUCGCCUGUUCCAUAAAGACGGACGUACGCACGCCCGCCCGCCCGCACGCACGCACACCCGCCCACUCGCCCACUCGCCCACUCGCCCACUCGCUCCCUCACACAGGCACCGUACCGCACCGCGCCGACGCACUACCUGUCACAACGCCCGCGAUCCCCCCGAACACCCGCCGCCAACCUUCCCCGCUGCAGCGGCUGGCCCUCGAUUACGUACCCGCUCCAGUCCACCACAACCUGGAAUCCGCCUCAACCACAACGCCCAUCGCCUCGACAGCAAACCGCGAAUUGACUUCGCGCGCGCACACCCAUCGCAUACUGCAGAGCUCCACCGCCCCCGCUCUGCCCGCGGCGAUUGCCAUCCCAUCCCAAAAGUCUUCUUACCUGGCCGGGCUAUGGUCUAAGGCACCAGGUCCGCAGGAUCUCAAAUACCUGCCUCGAAAGAAGGGCGGGCUACAACAUCUCUUUCUUUCUCUCUCUCUCUUAUACACACACACACACACACACCUUUACCUGAGGUCCCCCGGACGCUGGCAACGACAUGCCGCCCGAAGGCGACAUGGCUGCGCAGACGGGAGGAAGUAACUCCAGCGACUUUGUGAGUUCUGGCCCGAGAACCCCAUUUCCCCUCAGUCCUUUGAUCUCGCCCGGGUCGCAGGACUGGCCCCAAGCUUCGGCGCUGACAUCACCACCAGGUUCGCAAGCUCUACAAGUAUGCCCUGCCCCUUCCAUGCCGCGAUGCGCCAAGGCUAACCCGGGACGAAGGAUGCUGGAAGACCCCCAAUAUGCAUCGGUCGUUCGAUGGGGAAAUGAGGGCGACAGUUUCGUUGUUCUUGAGAACGAGAAGUUCACAAAAACAAUAUUGCCAAAGCACUUCAAGCACAGCAACUUUGCCAGCUUUGUCCGCCAGUUAAACAAAUAUGACUUUCACAAGGUCCGACAAAACGAGGAGAACGGCCAAUCCCCAUAUGGCCCGCAGGCCUGGGAGUUCAAGCACCCCGAGUUCCGCAUGGACCAGAAGCACAACCUCGACAAUAUCCGCCGCAAGGCGCCCGCGCCCAGGAAGGCGCAACCUACCGAGGAGGCCUUCCCCGCUAACCAGCAGGUCGCGCUCCUGAGCGAGACCCUGAACGCGACCCAGCAUCAGGUCCAGCAGCUGCAGGAGAACUACUUCACCCUGGCCCAGUCCAACAAGGUACUGAUAGAUGAAAUAACAUCCCUCAAGAAAACCCUCAACAUGACGACCCAGGUCAAUCAUGAGCUGCUCAACCACCUCACUAGUCUCGAUGAACGUAGGCGCAGUAGCCGGCACUCGGCGCACUCGAACCAUUCCGGCCAGGCCUCGGCCAACUUCCACAACGGCACCCUGGGCGUCCUACCUGAUGGCAACGACGAGCCCUCGGCCGAGCUGCGCAGGGCCCGCGAGCUCAUGACCGGCAUCGAGCCUGACCCCGUCGCAGAUCGCGCCUUCCACCGCCUGUCCAUGGCCUGGCAGACGCAGACGCCCCCGGACUCGGCGAGCUCGCAGGUCGCCAUGUACCCCCAGCCCAGCUCGGCCGCCGCCGCCGCCGCCGCCGCUAUGCCGGCCGCCAUGAUGCAUAACCCCUUCGUCGAGGACCCGCGGCACCUGGUGUAUCCCGUGGGACAGACAGUCGGUAUCGAUCCCUUCCAUCCAGACCAUAUUCAACACGUUCCCUAUUUUGUUAAUCAGAGCGGUCCUUCAGAGGCUCCGGCACAAAUAACACCCUCGUCAGGCAAAGACAUGGACACGUCGCUGUGGGGGCCCAAGAAACCACGCAUCUUCCUCGUCGAGGACGACAAAACGUGUUCCCGGAUAGGCUCCAAGUUCUUGUCCCAGGUCGAGUGCUCUGUCGAGGUUGCACGAGACGGCGAGGAGGCAUCAAAUAAGAUCAACAACGAUCCCGAACGGUUUGACCUCAUCUUCAUGGACAUCAUCAUGCCCAACUGCGACGGAAUCUCGGCGACGGUUUACAUUAGGGCUGUAAACUCGCAGGUGCCCAUCAUCGCGAUGACGUCCAACAUCCGCCAGGAGGACAUCUCGAGCUAUUACAGCUGGGGAAUGAACGGCGUGCUGGCGAAACCCUUCACCAAGGACGGGAUGAUCCGGAUCCUGAAGCAGCAUCUCCGGCACCUGCUCAAGAACCCUGCGGCCGCAGACGUGGAGCCCAACGGAGUCGCCCCCGUGCCAGUGCCUUCGGGCUCGACGCCCUCAUAUUCAGGUAUGCCAUCCGGAACCAUGUCGACGGCGGGGAGUACCGUCAAGUUCGAAUCCGGGACCCCAAUCCAGUCUCCAGCAACGACCGGCUCCUGGCACUCGCCUGGCCAGCAAUUAGCUCACGCGUCACCAAACCUAGAUGCCGGAGGAUACAUGACGGCCGGUGGCGGCGUCAGCGGGCCCCAGAUGGUCUUGACACCCGGGGCCAUGCAUCGAGGCGGGUUCACCCAACAGGUCGGCACACCACCCAUCCAGCAGCGAAUGCCCGACAGCAUGGGAGACGAGCGGCCGGAGAAAAGACAACGAAUGUACGGGCCCGGUCCCGGAGGAUACAUGCAACAAUAACAACGCCGAUCCUGCUCGGAUUAGGAUCCGUCCUUGAGUAUAGAAGCCGGCGCAGCGCGCGGUACAGACUGGCCGCCGGGAGAUAUCCGGCUGGUCCCUUGUGAGAGACGCAACAGACCUUCGUGUUGUCGCCAUAGAGUGUUGUCGGUUCGGGGCAUUCGCGCCUGCCCCCCAGAUAAGGAUAAAAAAAGAUACCAUUCAUAUUUGGAGUGCCUGCUUAGGCGCCCGUCUUUCUUGAGAAGCCGGUUUCGGGGUAGUCUUUCCUUCUUGUUUCCUUUGGGUUGGGCAUCUUGAUCAUCGUGGCGAACAAACGGUAGCCAUACGCAUAUGAUAUAACGGAGUUCAAUGGUUGGCUGGGACCGACGGCGUUUCUCGGGGCUUCUUCGCUUCUCUCGUCCUCACCACCGCUUUCACUCGAUCGUUGUCGUUAGAAUGGCGCUGAGGUACCUUUCGUCAUCCUUUUUCAUCGCAGACUGCUGUGUUGCUAGUAGUAGUAUGUGGGGCGGGGACGUCUAUCAGAACGAACCCGCCUCCGCAGCGAUCAGUGCAGGUGGGGUGCGCGACUUGUUCUCUCCUCUUGGAGAUAGGGGGAAUGAGCAGUUUUAUACUUGCGUAUGCAUGGCAUCCUUUGGUGAUUUGGGGGGACGAUAAGACCAGACAAGAAGUCCCCAAAGAAAAAAGAUGAUGGUCAGCUUUUCCAAACGCGCUCUCUCUCUUAAUCUUUUGGCAAGUUCCGGGACACAUAAUGAGAAACGUCACAAUGAGUUGAGGCGCACAUGAAUCGGUGACUUGCUGGCUUGGUCGGACUCUCGUCGGUCUAGUGACCGCUGCCACUGCUGAGUGAUCGCGCUUGGCUCUGUUGUGGUGCUCGAAUCGAUCGUAGGUAGGGUAGGUGCUGUACCGGUCGUCCCUUCGGUCCCCCCACUGAGUGUCGAUGGGAGUGCUGAUAGCUCGGGGGUGGCCACAGAUGCGAGUGUAUGCCAUUGGGAGACGAUGCAUGCUUGGCGAACCAUCGAGGUCAGUGUCCUCUUCCUUCCUCGUCUUCCUCGAGCGCAUCUAUUUCUCGCGUUAGGUUCGCACCGAGCCAACACGGCGAGGUAGUGUCCGCAAGGCGAAGUCCGUCGUCUCAUAUGAAUCCCUCAAUCCCGUCAUGAUUCCAGGUCGAAUUCGGUUGCAAGGCUCCCACAGUGGUAAGGGUAAGGGCGUGUGCGCUUUUCUCUGUCGCUCUCUGUGCGUGUCUGUGUGUGCGCUGGCGCGUAUAUGUCUCUACUGGCCGAGCAAGUCUUUCCAAUUCAUGUCCACCUUCGCCUCUCGUCAUUCACAUUCAGCUUAGUCGUGCGUGGUCGAUGAGCUGCGAGACCGGGUGUCUGUGGAGUUGCCAGUGAGUGUGGCCCAGGUGGGACCCGUCGUAACUAGGAGAGAGGUCCAGGAAGCCGGGACACGAGAAGCAGCUGGUGGGGACAAGGCGGGACAAGGAUUGUUGAUGGCCACGCGCGAACAGUCAUCGGUCAGAGAUGUGUGCACUGAUGGCUGCGUGUGACGGUCGAGUAACCGGUGAGUGAUGCUGUGAGUGUUGGCGUCCGGGGGGCAGUGCUAGGACAACAUGGACCUGAGAUGGAAGUGGAAUCGCAAGUUGGACAAGACAGUGGUGAUGAAGGACGGAUGGGUGCGAGAGUGGAUCUAUAAUGUCGUGCUGGUUUUACCAACGGUCAGUUGCCAACAAAGCGAACCACUUCCCCACGGCCUGGCUCACUGCAACCGCUUGUUGCCUGGGGAGUGAUAGAUCCCGGGGCAAUACUCCGGACCGCUUGGGGUCGCCUGGUAGAAAUAUCCAGUGAGUCGCCGGAGGGAGGUCAAAGCCUAAGCCCCACAAGGAUCCGGGAGAUGCUGGUUCUGGCACCUUCCUUCGCGCCGGGGGACAUGUAGCCCUGUCCGCCAUGGGUCGAGAGUCGGCAGUGCCAACCCCCCGAGCGAGCCAGCGAGUGACAUCUGAGGACCAGGAAGGGAUCUCUGACCGAGCGGAGCGGAGGCAGGGGGGGUGGGGUGAGAGGGCUGGGUGGGUUUCGGGGCUGCCCUUCUUUUCAACAUCCAGGCCAGGGUAUCGACUCAGGCAGCCAGUCUGUGGGCAUCCGUGAUCGCAGACGGAGAGACAGCCAGAUGGCCGUGAGUUGGGAUGAGAGUUAUGGGACGGGGGGGGGGGGAGGAGGAGGGAAGGACCAGAAUAAUAACGAGUGGUGAGUUGCGCAUACACAGCGAGAAGGGAAAGCAGUGGAGAGUCAGUUGGCCAGCCAGGUCAGCACGGAAGAAUGAUGGGGUCCGCCGCGGAGCCCCCAGACCUCCUCAAGGGGCCCCGGCGAGAACCAGAGGGGUGAGGCAAACCUCACAAAGUUUCAUUGCACCGGCAGCUGAGAAGGGGGGUGAGGGUACGGCGGGCGGACUUAAAUAUGAGCAGCGGGUGGGCGGGAAAGUGUGUGUUCCUGAAGCGUUCGGGACCAACGCUCCCCCCCCCCUCCCCUCCGUUUUCUUUCUGCCCUGCUGAUGGUUACAUUGGACCACAAAACGGGGCCGUCAUGUCUCCCGAAGUCGAAUGCCGUGGGCUAGACCAGAGUGGACAGUCCAUAAGAUACCAUAAGAUGCCAGUGAAGCAACAGACCAGCAAAAAAAAAUAAAAAGAAGGAGAGAAAAAGGAAAAGACAAAAUGGGUCUGGGCCUGUCAGGACCGGCGCCGUUGGAGCUAGGACGGUCUGGGGGGAGGGGGGGAAUAUGGUCAUAAGUUGCGCCUCGUCAUCCCGCGGACGGGGAAGGGACCAGAUAUUGCAGGCAGGGCUGGAUGGAUGGCUGGACCGGCAGACUUGGGCUUGGGGCUACGAGAUCCAGACCUCUGCCUCGUGUCGCGCCUUCUGUGUUUGUGUGUCUGUCUACCCGUCCGGCCCCAGCUGGAUUGUCGAAUCAGGAGGCCGUGUUGGGCCGGCCAGGAGCCCAGAGAGGUAAUGACCAGGGCCCAGACUGCCAUGGACCUCUUGGGACCGCUCCACACCCUGCAGCUUGACUCUGCAUGGAUGAUGCGGCUUCCCGUGGCUCGCAAGAACCCUCUCUGCCUCACGGGGGAUAAACCUUCCCUUGC